AUGGAGCGCGCACAGUCGGCGAAGCGCAAAUUCCCAUUCUCCGGCCUUCAGAGAAGAGUCCGUGCGAGAAAGGAAAUCGAGCCGGAACCAGACUCCGAAGACCAAUACAGCAACUCCGACGAAGAGGGAAGUGAAGACGACGACGCUUCGCAAGCCAGCGACGAAGACAAGGAUGACGUAGCCGCGGGCCCAGGCUCGUCCGACGAGAGCGAAGAAGACGAAGACGGCUCUGAGGCAGAGCCAGAGGGUUCCGCACUGGCGGCAUCGCAGAUCUCCUUUGGCGCCCUCGCCAAAGCGCAGGCCUCCCUCCCGAGCGCCCGCAAGAAACGCUCCGGUGCCGCCGACGACGACGAGGAAGGCGGUGAUGACGGCUCAGACGACUCGGCGCCCGAAGAGUUUGACCGCCACGGAAAAUACAAGAAGCCUCCGCCCCGAUCGAGCAAGCAUGCGCCCUCCGAGAUGACCUCCAAACGCCCCGUGACGCGCCGGCGCCAGGUCGUCGAGGUGCCCAAGGCACAGUCGCGCGAUCCGCGCUUCGGGCCUCUGGGCGGCGGCGGCGGCGGGCCGGCCGCCGGUCCGCAGGCGGAGGAGGCGCUGCGGCGGAAUUACGCGUUCCUGAACGAGUACCGGGACGCGGAGAUGAAGGAGCUGCGGACGACGAUCAAGAAGACGCGGGACCCGUUCGAGAAAGAGCGGCUGCAGCGGGCGCUGUUGAGCAUGCAGAGCAAGAAGCAGGCGCAGGAGCGCAAGGACGCCGAGCAGGCUGUCGUGGCCGAGCACCGCCGCCAGGAGAAAGAGCUGGUCAAGCAGGGCAAGACGCCCUUCUACCUCAAGAAGAGCGAGCAGAAGAAGCGCGUGCUCAUGGACCGCUUCGCCGGUAUGAAGAAAGGCCAGGUCGACAAGGCCAUCCAGCGCAAGCGCAAGAAGCAGACGUCCAAGGAGAAGAAGGAACUGCCCAUGGAGAGACGAGCACGGUGA